CCCUGCCCAGCGCGGACCCCGGCAGCCACCCCUCGCCCCCGCGCCGCCCGCCCGGCCUGAACUGGCGCCAGCGGCGGAGGAGGAUGUCGGAGGAGCCCGACGCGGACAAGAUGAUCAAGGAAACUUCUAUUUUAGAAGAGUAUCAUAUUAACUGGACCCAGAAGCUGGGAGCAGGAAUCAGCGGUCCAGUAAGAGUCUGCAUGAAAAAAUCAUCUCAAGAACGGUUUGCACUGAAAAUUCUUCUGGAUCGCCCGAAAGCUAGAAACGAGGUCCGGCUGCACAUGAUGUGCGCGACGCAUCCCAACAUCGUUCAGAUCAUUGAAGUGUAUGCGAACAGCGUGCAGUUCCCUCAUGAGUCCAGCCCAAGGGCCCGGCUUCUAAUUGUAAUGGAGAUGAUGGAAGGGGGCGAACUCUUUCACAGAAUCAGCCAACAUCGGCACUUUACUGAGAAGCAAGCAAGCCAAGUAACAAAGCAGGCAACCUUGGCUCUGCAGCACUGUCAUUCUUUAAACAUUGCACACCGAGACCUCAAGCCUGAGAACCUUCUUUUCAAGGAUAACUCUUUGGACGCCCCGGUGAAGCUGUGUGACUUUGGAUUUGCCAAAGUCGACCAGGGUGACCUGAUGACCCCCCAGUUCACUCCCUACUAUGUAGCACCUCAGGUUCUAGAGGCACAAAGAAGACAUCAGAAAGAGAAAUCUGGUAUCAUCCCUACCUCGCCGACACCUUACACUUACAAUAAGAGCUGUGACUUGUGGUCCCUUGGCGUCAUCAUUUAUGUGAUGCUGUGUGGUUACCCACCUUUUUACUCCAAGCACCACAGUCGGACAAUUCCCAAAGACAUGCGGAAAAAGAUCAUGACGGGCAGCUUUGAGUUUCCGGAGGAAGAGUGGAGCCAGAUCUCCGAAAUGGCAAAAGACAUUGUCCGCAAGUUGUUGAAAGUGAAGCCGGAGGAGAGGUUGACAAUAGACGGUGUCCUGGAUCACCCCUGGCUGAACUCUACAGAGGCUCUUGAUAACAUUUUGCCUUCUGCCCAGCUAAUGAUGGACAAGGCCAUGGUUGCUGGAAUUCAGCAGGCGCAUGCAGAGCAGUUGGCAAACAUGAGAAUCCAGGACCUCAAAGUCAGCCUCAAACCCCUCCACUCUGUCAAUAAC